AAACAAAAGAAAACCCAAAUUCUAUCAGAGUUGUAUGAACUAGCAAUAGCUCAAGCCCAACCUCGAAAGUUAAGCCAUUUUUAAUCAAACGUGAAUCUGAUUUCCUGAUACUACAAUAAUGUCCGUCACAGGCGAGUACGAAACGUCCGUUUCACAAGAUGCCACGUUUCUGGGUAAAGGAGCUUACGGUAUUGUUUACGAAGGAUCAUGGAAUGAGAAGAGGGUGGCCAUUAAGCGGAUUGACAAGACUGAAUUCUUCGUUUCAAACAGUUCCGCCGAUUCAACCAACGCCCGACAGCAAAGGGAGGAGGAAAACAUGAAAAAGUUGGACCAUCCCAACGUCCUCAAACUCCUUCACGUCGAAAUCGACAAAAAUUACAAGUAUUUUUAUCUCGAGUUGUGCGAAGGCACGAUUGGAGAUUACAUCAGAGGAAAUUAUACUGGUCCCAUGCCACCCCCUGAAGCUGAUUCCCUGUAUCAAAUGGCCAGUGGAUUGGCUUACAUCCACUCAAUGGGCCUGGUGCAUCGAGACGUCAAAGACGACAACGUUUUGAUAUACAAAUCAACUACUGAAGAAAAAACCAGGCUCAAGAUUUCCGAUUUUGGCUUUUCAAAGCCAACGACGGCCAGUGGCACCUACUCGUUGAAAAGUGGCGUCAAAGGUACGCGACGCUACUUUUCACCUGAGCUGCUCAUGUUAUCCGAUGAGCAAGCCAAAUCCGGUAUCCUAGAUCAUCAGAGGAGCAACAUUUCAUCCGACAUCUUCGCCCUAGGUUGCCUCUUUUACAGCUAUUUGACUAAAGGAAAACAUCCGUUCGAAGAUUCUAGGGGAUUCUACCUCAUUCCGGCGAACGUUCUGGAAGGAAAGUACAACCUUGAAGGGAUCACCGACCCGCUUUUCCAAUCCAUUGUCGAGGGAAUGAUUGCUGCUGUUCCAGUUACACGCUUGGGUCUUGACGCGGUCCAGUUAAAACUAACUCCUCGUUUAACGCAUUAACAUAUUAAGAAACAGAAGCAGUCUCAUCGGAAACUGACCGAUACCUCGUUAACAAGGACAAAGAUAAAUCUGGAAAACAUUCUACGCGAGCAAGGAGCUUCGUGCACAAGAGAAGAACUAAUUCAGUUAACUUGCAGUCAUGGAUCAACAGAUUUUCGACAAAUUUAAUUAAGACGAAAUGUUAAGAUACACUUAAUCUUGUCACAUGACAUAUUUCGUCUUAAAUUAAACAACUUUAAGCAA